AUCAACACUUUUUUAUUUUAGUGGAAGCUGCUAUUAUUGUUGUUAUGUGCCCAAUAUUCUAGCUACUAAAAUUCCACUUUCAAGAUUUUGCUGUAGAAAAUUGUUGACCAGCGGAAACAUGUUCAUACAGUUUGCUCCCCAGGCAGCACAGUAAAACAUGUUGUACCAAUUAUCACAUAGGCCUUUGCCGCAGUAGAACGCUAAAUCAGAUUAAACCAGUUUAGCAACAACAGUCAGUCCUUAGUGUUACUGAGAAGACGCUGCGACCCUGUGUGAAAUGUGUAUGUGAAAUAUACUCAAGCUGAGUAGGCAGUAAUAAUCCUCAUGCAGCAGCUGCAGUUGUGAACACUAUUCUGGGUGCUGAACCGAAGCACUGUUUUAAGGUUGAUAGCGUCUGUUUUUCAGAGGUCCCCAAAGGGAGGGGGACUCCCUCUCACAUGCUUAAUCACACUUCUCCUGGGCACCUUGGAAUUUUUUGUCCCUCCACAAGCAACCCAGAAUAAAUUUGUCUUAAAUCACUCAGGGAGGGAGGGAGAGAUAGAGAGAGAGAAUAUCAGACAGGAAGGUUUUUGAGGAGGUACGAAAAUACUUCUUUCAUCCAAGAUUUUAAUGGCUGAAUAUAUUUCUUUCUUUCUGUUUCUCUCUGUCAACACACUGGACGUUGCACAAACAGCCCUCGGUUUGAGAGGUCACAGUUGGGCUGGAGUGGACAAGGUGAGGGCCAUUCAGUGUGGCAAAGGUGUUGUGAACGGAAGGACCGGAGCUUGAACCAGCCAGAUACCAGGAGCAGGGGACCAGACCAGACAGGGGGCAGCAGAGCGUCAGACAUGAGCACCUCCAUGGCAGAGCUUCGCUCCUCCUAUACAAAGCAGGGGUUCCUAUCUGGGCUGCCUGUGCUAGAUGCCCUCGAGCUGCAGGCAACCAGGGAGGCAUUUGGAAAGCUGGAGAGUGAAUUUGGUAAGGAGUACACCCAGUACAGCCUCCACAAUGUCCAUCUGCAAUACAGUUGGGUGAUGGCCUUAGCAAAGCACCCCAAGGUCCUAGAGCCGGUCAGCGCUAUCCUUGGGCCAGAUGUCAUCUUGCUUGACUCCCGCUUCAUCUGCAAGUAUCCUGUUCUAAGUGGUACCACUUCCAAUUGACAGCAGGAGAAGGACAUUACAACUUUUGCCAAGCAGAGCAGUGCUCCCAACAAGGAGGAGGGGAGUUAUGGGAAAGCUCAUACUGGACAGCAGGAGAAACCCGGGUUACCUUUUGUUGCCUGGCAUCAGGACAUGAGGUACUGGGGUUUGGCUGGGGGGCCAGUGCUCUCAGUAUGGCUGGCUCUUGAUGAUGCUCUGAAGGAUAAUGGGGCUCUGCAGGUCAUUCCAGGCAGUCACUGCUCUGGACUCCUCCCCCACCAACUGUCAUCCCGUGCUGGAAACAUGCUGUCUGUCAAUCAAGAGAUCCCAGAGCAGCUGGUGAAAACUGAUGAAGCUGUACUUUGCCCUCUGCUGGCAGGGCAAAUGUCUGUGCAUGAUGGACUACUGAUCCAUGGCAGUGACCCCAACAUGUCAGGAAGGAGGCGUUGUGGGUUUGUGAUACGUUUUGUCCCCACCUGUGCCUACCCCAUACAGGACCCAGAUCGUCCACGCAGCUUCAAUGCUACAGUGAUGGUAUGUGGCACUGACAAGUUCAGGAAUUUUCCCAGCAAUACCCCAGAAUUGUAGACACACCCUCCAUCUACUGCCUGCUGAUUUCUUGAAGAUGGCUCUUCAUAUCACUCUGCUAACAUUGUUUAUUAUGUAGUAUUGUUUAGGCUAUUUGGUGUUCAUUUUCCUGCCAUUAUACCAAGCUUUGUGGGGUUUUUUUUUUGUUUUUGUUUUUUGAUACUCUUAAAUACUCAGGAUUCAUUGUUUAUCAGUGGCAUGGCUUGUGCCAGAUUUGUGAUCUGAAUUUUUUUCAUUUAUCAAAUGACAAUGCUAAUGCUAGAUUUAUCACAACUUGGGUUGGAUGCCCUGGCCUGAUGCAUGCUGGACAGGGAGAAUCUCCAAAUGUUGUGAAUACAUGAACAAUGGCAAGAAUUCUGGCAUGUGUAGUAGUCAGUUAUUUUACUUACUUGAUAAAUGUACUGUAUGUUAACAAUUUCAUAAUGAGUAAUGAUUGCUGAAUGCAGCAAGGACCUCAACUUCAUUGUUCCAUGCUAAAUAUCAAGUUCACUAUGUAUUCUUAUUCUGCUUGCAUACAAUAGAAAAAUAAUAAACUUUAAUAUCAAGAUGGAUAUCUCAUUCUUGUUUAUAUGGAUGUAAAUACACCUCAGUAUUAUUGAAUUGGAUGGCUUAGGUUAUCCGCAUGGCAUGAAAACUUAAGCUGGUGCUAGUAGCUGCCUUUAGCUUGAUAGCGAAGACAAUAGCUAGUACU